CUGUCCUCGUUGUCAAGUCUCAAAACACGCCGAGUACUUCUCGAGAUCGACCAGUGAAAUCUUAUCCAAAAUUGAAGCCAUUUGAUCAUCUUUGAUGCAAUGCCGUGCCCGGCCUAUCCUGGCCUAUCUCGGGAGUUGCUUCUUGAGCCACAUUGCGGCAUGAUCAGCCUGAGUACUAGGAUGCAUAUUCAUCCAUAUCCAUGUCAACAAGCUGAGUCAUUCGUUUAAAUACAGAGGAGUUUCAUAUCAUUAUAUUCAUCAUCACCCAAUGUCUACAGUUCAGUACCGCUCCCUUGGCAAGUCUGGUCUCAAAGUCUCUGUCCCAAUUCUUGGUGCGAUGAGCUUCGGUUCCCCGAAAUGGGCUCCCUGGGUCCUUGACGAGGAGCCCUCUAUUGAAAUAAUGAAGGCUGCUUGGGAUCUUGGUGUCAACACCAUCGACACCGCUAACAUUUAUUCAAACGGUGAGUCGGAGCGCCUCGUCGCCAAGUUCAUUAAAAAGUACAACAUCCCUCGCUCCCAGAUCAUUAUCGCCACCAAAUGCUACGGCCUUGUCGCAAACGAUCCUUCCCUCCCGACGUUCUUCAUGCCCGAUCUCAAUAAGCUGCCCGAGUACGUCAACCAAUCUGGCCUAUCUCGCACCGCAAUCUUCAACGCUGUCGACGCGUCCCUCGCUCGUCUCGACACCUCAUACAUCGAUCUCUUGCAGAUACACCGCUUCGACCCUUCAGUCACCCCUCAGGAAACCAUGAAAGCACUUCACGAUCUCGUGCAGAGCGGUAAAGUCCGUUAUAUCGGUGCCAGUUCCAUGCGUUGCUGGCAGUUUGCCAUGUUGAAUGACGUGGCAGCUCGCAAUGGUUGGACGACGUUUAUCAGCAUGCAGGAUGAGUACUCGCUACUCUACCGCGAGGAGGAACGCGAAAUGCUCGCUUAUUGCAAAUACAACGGUAUCGGUGUCAUCCCCUAUGCUCCUCUAUAUUCUGGUCUUCUCGCACGUCCCAUUGGCACAGAGUCAAUGCGUCAUAAUUCUACCAAGGGAACUAUUUUGGAGAGAAAGGUGACCAGUGCAGACGCGACUAUCAUCAACCGCGUGGAAGAGCUUUCCAAGAAGAAAAACAUCAAGAUGAGCCAGAUUGCGCUAGCCUGGGUUGCAUCAAAGGUGUCGAGCCCUAUCGUUGGUAUCAGUUCUGUACAGAGGUUGCAGGAGAGUAUCAUCGACGGAAUUGAGCUUACCCCGGAGGAAAUAAAAUACCUGGAGGAGCCGUACGAACCCAAGGCCAUCGGUGGUCACUUUUAGGUGUUGUUAGUCAACCUAUAGCGCCAAAGAAGAUACACCAGCCAAAUCUGUAGCACUUUGUAUUACCACCAUCAAUGCAACGCACGAGCGGAGAAUGAUUAUAUCAAUUUCAAAAGUC